AUGACGCAAGCUUUCGCCUCAGCUUUCCCAACUGAUUUCCUAGAACCGUGGAAGUUAAGCGAUUUGGUGCUUGUUGUUGAAGAUCAGAAAUUUCAUGUUCAUCGAGGUAUUCUCGCACUAUGGUCGCCCGUGUUUGAAAAGAUGUUCACUUCAGAAUUCAAAGAGAAGAAUAUAGAGGAAAUCCCUCUUCCAGGGAAGAAAGCAAGAGAAAUCCAAACCUUGCUACUUAUGAUGUAUCCUUCUGUGGAGGAGAAACAAGUAACAAAGGCAAAUUGUUACUUCUUGUUUGAACUUGCUCAUGAAUAUCAAAUAGAGUCUAUUGCUCGGAAGUGUGAGGCGCAAAUGGCUUCUAUGGUCAAAAAACGAAUGGAGAAUGAUGUUCUGGCUAUGCUCAUCUAUGGACAAAAGUACGAGCUAAAAACUCUGAUAUCGACGUGUAUACAUGAAGCAAGACACUUGACAUUGCUGGAAUUAAAGACGCAUAAACGACGUCUCGAGAUCGAGCCAGACAACUAUAUACAGAUUGCCGAGAGAAUUAUCCAGCGACUCGAGAUACAGUGUAAGGAGGUGAGAAUAGAGAGUGUCCAAAAUCUGGAGCGUAUAAGCCAGAGCCUGUACUUGCAUGUUAGAAGUAAAAAUAGGGAGGGGCACAGAGGUCCAGGAACCAUUAAUGAGCGUUUAGACUAUGUACUGAAUGACGGUGAAAAAAACAACGUUAAAUGUUUGAACCUUACAACUGUUGCCGAAGGGUUAAUAGCUCAAAAGAAAGCGAUAGAGACCCUACCU